UUUGAUGCAUCUCUUUACAGGUCCUUAGCUGUUGGCAGUAAGUCAGGUUACAAAUUCUUCUCUCUUUCUUCUGUGGACAAAUUGGAGCAGAUCUAUGAAUGCACUGACACGGAAGACGUGUGCAUCGUGGAGAGGCUGUUCUCCAGCAGCCUGGUGGCCAUAGUUAGCCUUAAAGCCCCACGCAAGUUGAAAGUCUGCCACUUCAAGAAAGGGACUGAGAUUUGCAACUACAGUUAUUCCAACACAAUUCUGGCUGUCAAACUCAAUAGACAGAGGCUAAUAGUAUGUCUGGAAGAGUCUCUUUAUAUACACAACAUACGAGACAUGAAAGUACUGCACACGAUCAGGGAGACUCCUCCCAACCCUGCAGGUUUGUGUGCAUUGUCAAUAAACAAUGACAACUGCUACCUGGCUUACCCAGGGAGUGCAACCAUCGGAGAAGUGCAAGUCUUUGAUACCAUCAAUCUGAGAGCAGCAAAUAUGAUCCCAGCUCAUGAUAGUCCCUUGGCAGCAUUGGCUUUUGAUGCAAGUGGUACUAAACUUGCCACAGCAUCAGAAAAGGGGACAGUGAUCCGAGUAUUUUCCAUUCCAGAGGGACAGAAAAUCUUUGAAUUCCGAAGGGGAGUGAAGAGGUGUGUGAGCAUCUGCUCAUUGGCUUUCAGCAUGGAUGGUAUGUUUUUGUCUGCAUCAAGUAACACGGAGACGGUGCAUAUCUUCAAACUCGAGACUGUGAAAGAAAAACCUCAGGAAGAGCCUACUACCUGGACAGGUUACUUUGGGAAAGUGCUGAUGGCCUCCACAAGCUAUCUGCCUUCUCAAGUCACAGAAAUGUUUAACCAGGGCAGAGCCUUUGCUACGGUCCGCCUGCCGUUCUGUGGGCACAAAAACAUCUGUUCACUUGCCACAAUCCAGAAGAUUCCUCGCUUACUAGUGGGAGCUGCUGAUGGCUAUUUGUACAUGUACAACCUGGACCCCCAAGAAGGAGGAGAGUGCACAUUAAUGAAACAGCACAAGCUUGAUGGCAGUAUGGAGCCAGCAAAUGAAAUUUUAGAGUCUGCGUCACAUGACCGGCCAUUAGUAGCACAGACAUACAGUGCUGCUGUGACUAAAGCCUAUACAGAGGACCUGGGCGCAGUGGGUGGAGCUUGCUUGGAAGAUGAAACCAACGCCCUGCGACUGGACGAAGACAGUGAGCAUCCCCCCAUGAUUCUUCGGACAGACUGAACUUUGACCCGUGAACUCACUCCUGAAGCAGAGAACACUGGCUUGACGUUUCUUGAGGAAUCUUGUGUUAUGCUGCUAUGAACUUUGACAUGAGUUGGGAGAGAGGAUGACAGACUCUAAAGUUUUAAAAAUUGUAGCUGUAGUCCUAAUUCUAUACCAUUGGAGAAAAAAAAAAUACACGGUUUUCAAUUCA